AUGCCUCGAGUAACGUCAAGCUCUCAGAUUGUCAACGUUUCCCCGUCAGGUAGUAUCGUGUCAGGAUUGGAAGAGCAACGGAAUGAAAUGCCAGAUGCAAGCAACAUCGACGACAAAAAGAUAGAGCCUACACCAACCCGCCAGGAUGUCUUCGGUGACGAGACACAUGCGGAGGUCAAGUAUAAGGUCUUGAAAUGGUGGCAAUGUGGCCUCCUCAUGGUUGCUGAGACUAUAUCCUUGGGCAUCCUCUCAUUGCCAGCAGCCAUUGCGAACCUUGGCUUUGUCCCCGCUAUAAUUAUCCUCAUCUCAUUAGGCCUCAUAGCAUCAUAUACCGGUUACGUGAUUGGGCAGUUCAAAUGGAGAUAUCCUCAUAUUUCUAGUAUGGCCGAUGCCGGCGAGCUGCUUAUGGGUCCAUUUGGCCGGGAGCUGCUUUUUGUCGGCCAGAUGCUGUUUCUGGUGUUCCUCAUGGCAAGCCAUAUCCUGACUUUUACGGUCGCCAUGAACACCCUUACCAACCACGGCACUUGCUCCAUUGUCUUUGGUAUCGUGGGGCUUGUCGUUUCACUCUUGAUGUCGUUGCCGCGCACAUUGGCCAAGAUGUCCUGGCUCUCCCUGGCCUCAUUUAUAAGCAUCUUCACCGCGGUUAUGAUUGCCAUGAUUGCCAUCGGGAUACAGCGACCGGGGGUUGUUACCACUGCUAUUAACCAUCCAAGCCUGGUAACCGGAGUGACUUCGGCCUUGAAUAUUGCCCUUUCCUAUGCGAGCCAUAACGCAUUCUUUAACAUUAUCGCCGAAUUGAAAGACCCCAAAGACUUUCCAAAGGCAUUGUCACUCUUGCAAUGUAUCGACAUCUCUCUCUAUCUUGUUUGCGGUGUUGUAAUUUACCGAUAUGCUGGUGAGGGUGUUGAAUCACCAGCACUUGGUUCAGCUGGCCCGCUGGUAGGGAAAAUUGCCUAUGGUAUUGCUUUGCCUACGAUCCUCAUUGCCGGCGUCAUAAACGGUCAUAUCGCGUGCAAAUCGAUUUAUACCCGUGUAUUCGCCGGUACCGAUCGCAUGCACAAGCGUGAUUUUGUUGCUGUUGGCUCCUGGAUUGGAAUCGCUGUAGCACUAUGGAUUGUUGCCUGGGUUAUUGCUUCUGCCAUUCCUGUCUUUAGUAACCUGCUUAGCUUGAUGACUGCCUUAUUCGCUAGCUGGUUCAGCUUCGGACUACCAGGCGCCUUCUGGUUGUAUAUGAACAAGGACCUCUGGUUUUCGUCACCGAGGAAGAUCCUCCUGACUCUAUUUAAUACAUUGUGUAUCUGCCUCGGAAUUAUAAUGUUCAGGCAAGGCUAUCCAUGA